AUAAUAGCUUUGCAAUCGCUUCUCAGGUUGUGAGUGUGGCGACCAUUUUGGCAACACUGCCUCAAAAAGUGAACCUUCCGAGACUGCUUUUGAGAAGUUAUUAAAUAAAGUAUCUUUCGGCCGAACACGUGUUGCUUUCGUACCCCCCAGUGUUUAAACCAAAUUGGUGACCCCGACGAUUUCGUAAGUUUAUCUACGCAUUUCAUAAUGUCUGAAAACGAAGAGGAAAAGGCUGCGGAGCCCGUUAUAGCCAGAGUUGCUGUGAAACUGCCUCCCUUUUGGAAACAGAAGCCAAGCUUAUGGUUUAAACAAGUAGAGUCCAGUUUUUACGUUUCUGGAGUGAUCGCAGAUGAAACCAAAUUUCAUUACAUUGUGAGCUGUUUGGACGGAGAGGUGCUCGAACAGGUGAGUGAUAUAAUCAACAAUCCUCCUAAGACAGAUAAAUACGACACUGUAAAAAAGGUGAUAAUAGAUGUGUUUGCCGAUAGCGAACAGUUACGAUUAAAAAAACUGUUAAACGAGCUGGAACUAGGAGAUCAGAAGCCUUCACAAUUAUUCAGAAAAAUGCGCGAUUUAGGUGGAGCGAAAGUCGGGGAGGAAUUGUUGCGAUCUCUUUGGCUACAACGAUUGCCCAGCAAUGUACACUCAACUUUAUCGGUACUCGGCGACGAAGUCGCAACCGGAAAAUUAAUUUCGAUGGCAGACAAGAUGAUGGAAGUGCAAAGACCAGGAUUGUGCCCAUUGCAAUCAGACGUUUCACCUAAACCUAGUCAGUGUUCCCUAACGGAUGAGCGUUUACUCGAGCUGGCGCGAAAAAUUGAAAAUAUGAGUUUAGAGAUUAGUGAGCUUAGAACUCAAAAUCGUCGCAAUAAUAAUCGCCGUAAUAACCAGAUUUCACCACGAAGCCGCAGUUCCUCACCCUUCAACAUAAACAACGUGGAAUUUUGCUGGUACCAUGCAACUUUCGGUCGCAGGGCUUCUAAAUGUCGUCCCCCCUGCUCUUACGUCACCGCACCGGAAAAAUAAAUCCUCGGCUACAAUUGGCGGAUUGCAGUCGAGGUAUAAAUAACCGCCUAUUCGUCACUGACAAGACUUCCAAUAUUAAGUACUUAAUCGACACCGGCGCAGACGUAUCAGUAUGGCCAGCAACAAACGAAGAUAAAUGUCGUGGACCUUCAAAAUUCUCUUUAGUUACCGCAGACGGUUCUCCUUUACACACUUUCGGCACUAAACUAAUUAACCUAAAUUUGGGUCUGCGUCGUUGUUUUCAGUGGCCAUUUUUACUCACUACCGUCAUGCAACCAAUAAUAGGCGCAGACCUACUUAGAUAUUUUAACCUACUGCCUGAUUUGCGGCGUUCUUGUCUAAUCGACGGAUCAACGUUACUUCAGACACCUCUCGGUGUACAACAAACUAGAGCACCUUCGGUUUUUGUCAUAGAAACAUCUUCGCCUUUCAGGAAACUCUUAAUGGAAUUCCCUUCAUUAACCCGACCGUCUAUCGCGCCAAAGACAACGAAUCAUAAUAUAGAACAUUACAUUAUUACGACUGGUCCACCUAUCGCUUCUCGUCCUAGACGUUUAGCUCCGGCAAAACUAGCAGCUGCGAAGUGUGAAUU